UCUCCUCUUGGCGGCGCUGUUGUAAACUUCUGAAGCAUUAACGGCGUAGAAGAAGAAAAACCGGAGAAAGAUGAUGACGAAGAAGGAGACACCGGAAAACGCCAUUUUAUUGUUGCGAAGGAGCAGAGAAGACGCUUCGAGAAACGUCAGCAAAGGUGAGCCAAGAUGGGGAAUUUUGCUAGCCUCUUCCGAGGACUGUUUGGGAAGAAAGAGAUGAGGAUCCUCAUGGUGGGUCUGGACGCAGCUGGAAAGACCACCAUCCUGUACAAACUCAAGCUGGGAGAAAUAGUUACUACAAUCCCAACUAUUGGCUUUAAUGUGGAGACUGUAGAAUUCAAGAACAUCAGUUUUACAGUGUGGGAUGUUGGCGGUCAGGACAAAAUCAGGCCACUUUGGAGGCAUUAUUUCCAAAACACACAAGGUCUCAUCUUUGUGGUAGACAGUAACGACAGGGAGCGAGUCGGGGAGGCGAAGGAGGAGCUGAUGCGAAUGUUGGCCGAGGAUGAGCUGAGGGAUGCUGUGCUGCUGGUGUUUGCCAACAAACAGGAUCUUCCGAAUGCGAUGAACGCAGCAGAGAUCACAGAUAAGCUGUGCUUGCACUCCCUGCGCCACCGUAACUGGUACAUUCAGGCCACGUGCGCCACAAGCGGAGACGGGCUCUAUGAGGGUCUGGACUGGCUUUCAAACCAGCUAAAAAACGCAAAAUGAUCGAUGACCUCCUCACCUGUCAGCUCCUUCUGCAGCGAUGUUGGGAGAACGCACUGGUCCUGAUAUCUCUUUCUUUUCUACUCUCUGUCUUUCUUUGAAUUUUAUUUUGUCUUUGAGUUGUUGGACCUUUUGGCCAGUGCUGCCCCUCAUCCUCGUACUGUGUGUGUGUUUGGAUAAGUAUUUUUGAAUGAAUGCAUGUGUGCUUGCAUGCGUGAGCUUCUUGGGAGCCCCCCCAUCUCUCACUGUGCCUUGAACACAGUCGGCUCUCAUUCACCUCAUUCCUCUUCGUCAGCACAUCCAAAGGCGCUGUUUUUCAAAGCAAAAAGCAACAUACGACUCUGAGGCCGUAUGUGCUCUCAAAGGAAUGUCAGCAGACAAUAAACCAAAAGAUUGAUUCCGUUUUUGCGUUUGAAAGUAUCACGGGGGCCUUGUGUUUGUCCAACCUGCAGUGGAAGAGCGUUCUGCAGGGAUCGGUACUGAUUAGCUUUUGAUAUCUGAGAUCAAAACUGACCUUUUUCUCGUCUCUGUACUGCAAGUCCCUAAAUGAUCAAAUUCUAACCUUAUAUGACAGCGAUUCCUUGAUGUGUCCACAUUUUUUUUUUUAUUUCUUUUCUGCCUUGGAAAGAUCUCAUGUCAGCUUUAGUCUUUUUUUCCAAAGUUCAAGAAAUGGAUCAGGAAACGGUGACGAUUGGUUUACGUAUGUGGAGAUCUUCAGCACGGUUCAUGGUUGUUUGUGAGGGUUUCAGCUAGCCUCCUUUAAGUUGUUUUUUUAGUUGUAAGUAGUUCCUUAUUUUGGUUCUUGUUUUUUUAUAGUUAUUUUAUUGAUUUUAUGUUACUUUUCAUUCAUCUGUGGCCCAGUGGGCAUCUGUAUUGGCUGACCAGGGGUAUUGUCUGCUUUAGUUUCUUCAGGGACCAAUUUACGUUUAUUUUUUUAGUGUUAAGCUCAGUUUUUUUUAAUUAUGUGGUGGGUGUUAUCAUUUUCAGCUUUUGUUCUCUCCUGAGGACACACUUGACCACAUCAUUAGUGCUUGAUAGAUGCCCUAAAAAUGAUUAGUCAUCGCUGCAGACUGUUUCCUUUUUUUUUUGGCUUCAGUUUAUUUUGUUUGUUUGCACUUAAACCAUCAGCUUUCACACCACAAGCUCGUGUGAAGAAAGCCGCUCAGUGAACUCGCACGCCAUUGCGCUCCUCAUCGCUCCACACCAGCAGACAGUUCAAAGCUAGGAUUGUAUUUAAACUCCAAGAGAAUAUUAUUAUUAUUUUUUUGGUCCCAGAGGUCUUUGCAAUGAAAAUGAACAGAAUCAGAACAAAAGAAAACUGUAAGCACGACUCUAAAGUCAUUAUUUACACUGACCUCAACGGAGAACUAAAUGUUACGGAUUAUUUUUCUACAACUGGACAUUUUUGAUGUUUCUUUGGUAAUUAACAGAAUGAUUAAUCUCUCUUCUCCUGUCUUGGUUUUUCUUCUAAAAAGCUAAACUUGAGUUUACUGAAAAAACUGAUAAAAUCUUGUAAAUUGUAAACAUUCAAAAAUAUUUUUUUCAUGACUUUGGAUUUCUCAUUUGUUUCUGUACGAGUCACAUGCUGUCGUUUAUUUCUUCAAUGCCUUUUUGCUUCUUUUUAUAACUCAUUCUGUAACAUCUUAUAAAUGCACUAUAAUAAAGAGAAUCUUUAUUGUA